AGUUUAGUGCCGACCGAGGAACAAGACAAACGCACAGUUUGGUAAAUAUGCCUGAAACAAAUUACCCAUUUGAAAUAACCGAUGUGGAGGAGGAGACAUCAAAAAUGUUAAUGAAGUAUUUCACAGGUGAAAUGACAGGAUUUGUUCGAGUGGGUCCCAAAGGCUACUUUUUUCCGCAUAAAUUUAAACAAGAAGCCGCAAAUUUUUAUAACAUGGCAAUAAGACCGAGCGAUAUUUUUGUGACGAGCUAUCCGAGAUCGGGCACCACAUGGACCCAAGAACUAGUUUGGAUGGUAGCCAACGACUUGGACUACGAAACGUCAAACGCUAUACCACUAACGGAAAGAUAUCCGUUUUUAGAAUUUUCAGUAUGCGUCCACCCGGAAAAUAUGCAAAAAUUUAUAGAAGAAAAUAGUCACGAUGAAAGUAAAUUGGAGCUCCUAAGAAUGGUCACAAAGCCUGGAACAGAACUCUUGGCUGAGGCUCCUUCACCACGAUUUAUUAAAAGCCAUUUGCCGCUAUCGCUAUUUCCGCCUAAUAUAUUGGAUGGAAAAAUGAUUUACGUUGCAAGAGAUCCGCGUGAUGUUGCAGUGUCCUUCUAUCACUUAAAUAAGUCUAUGAGGACACAGGGAUAUAUGGGAGACUUCAAACUGUUUUGGAAUUGUUUUAUGAAUGACUUACACCACUGGACACCUUUUUUCGAACACUUAAAAGAAGCGUGGGAAAAACGUCAUCAUCCAAAUUUGCUAUUCCUCUUUUAUGAGGAGCUGUCAAAGGAUUUGCCGGGAACAGUGCGUCGGGUAGCCGAUUUCUUUGGCAAGAACUACAGCGACUUACAGAUUGAACACCUUUGUGAUCAUCUCAGUAUUGAAAGUUUCAAGAACAACAAUUCCGUGAACUAUGACGUCAUGAAGGAACUCGGGAUUAUGGUUGGCAAUAAAGAGUUUAUCAGAAAAGGCAAAGCCGGUGGUUGGAGAGACUACUUCGAUGAGGAUAUGACUGCUCAAGCCGAGAGAUGGAUUGCUGACAAUCUACGUAACUCUGACUUACGCUUCCCCCAUCUUUAAUCUCCACUAAUAUGAAGACAUAUGCUCUCAAGUUUAAUUUUUAUAAAUAUUAUAAUAAUCAUAGCCUGUAAUGUAAUAAAAUGAUUUAUUUUAUAACUUGGAUUAAUGGGUGUCGAAAAAAAAACAAAUUGUGGUGAUAUAACCAUUUAUUGUAAUAAAAUGCUCUAUUUAGUACUUUUAACACCAUGAUAAUAAACAUUGACACUUUAAGUAAUAAUGUACGCUUAGUAUAAAUCGUUCUCUGCCGAAUGCCCGUCCAUAAAUAAAACAACGUUUCAGUCCUUUACGAUUUUAUUAAAUAAUUCAAAUAAAUUAAAAAUGUUCGUCAGAAAUAUAAAACCUAUUCGUAAUGGAUAAAUGUAUCGCGAUGCAGUCUUUGCAUUGUAGGAUUGCGCACUUCACAAGGACUGAAACUAAACAGCAUUACAUAAAAUUAUCCAAAAUAAAAAAUUUAACAAACAAUCAUUCUUAUAAUGCAAAGACUACAUAUUUACAUGAGCACAGUCGAUACCUUCAAGCAGUUACACAAUGUACUUCAUAACUCAUUCGUUAUCGUCAGUCUAGACGUCGUAGCAGAAAUGAACGGGAUUGACGACGUCCGAGCCCUGCUUGCGUGACUAUUUGACUAUACAUACUGUGAAGCCACUAAAAUAAGUCGUGCGCCACUCGGUGACGCACCUAACGCGUCCUUAUCUA